UAAGGAAAUUAGUUUUGUCAUAAUUUCAAAGCAGUCUACUAUAUAUAGGUGACUGAAAUAGAGAGAGACUAGAAACGAAGGGAGAAGAUUGGAGGCAUUUGAGCGGGAAGGCAAAGAGAGUGAAGCGGUGGCUAUGCCGGCGGAGGGAAGAAAACGACAGCCAAAAACCGCACAAGUAACUGGCCAUGGAAACUGAAAGUGGAGGGAGGAAGAAGGUGUGAUGUCUAGAACCACAAUAUGUUACGAUAUACAUGUAAUACUUCAGUUUGGCAUUUUCACAAACACUUGGUAGACAUUGGAUUCAAAAACUAGUUCAGAACGAAAAGCAUGAAACUUUACAGCCUUUCUGUUGAUGGGUUUUCCCAAAUGUCUUUGGUAAGAAGAACUUGGCUCGUAGAAUCUUUGUUUGGAAACCAGAGCAGAUUCAUGACCACUAGUAAACGGGUCCAAGAUCGAAGCAAGACCAAGAGAGUUCAUGAUCUUGAAAUAGUGACAGAGAAGUGGAAGAUAGCUUUUAAAGCUCUGUUAUUAAUGGAGGUUCUCAAGCAAGAGCCUGAAAUGGUAAUCCCUGUAAGGUCUCUGCAACAGUACAGGAGGCAGAUUAAUCUUCCAAAGCCUCAUAAGGUUUCUGAUUUUAUUCGAAAAUCGCCUAAACUUUUCGAGCUUUACAAGGACAGAAAAGGGGUUUUGUGGUGUGGGAUGACGAAAAGAGCUGAGGAUUUGGUUGAGGAGGAGGAGAGAUUGAUCGAGGAGCAUGAAGAUAAGGCUGCUGAGCAUGUCACUCGAUUGCUAAUGAUGUCAAUCAAUAAACGCCUUGCAUUGGAUAAGAUUUCCCAUUUCAGGAGAGAUUUUGGCUUGCCUAUCGAUUUUCGAACCAAUUGGGUUCACAAGUAUCCUCAGAAUUUCAAGCUUGUUAAAGAUGGUGAAGGUGCUCAGUUUCUGGAGCUUGUUGAUUGGAAUCCUGCUUGGGCAAUAACAGAGCUGGAGAAGAAGGUAAUGGGGAUUACUGAUCCCAGUGAUCACACCCCGGGAAUGCUUUCUCUCCCUUUUCCUUUGAAGUUUCCACCUGACUAUAAGAAAGUUUAUAGAUAUGGAGGAAAGAUAGCACAUUUUCAGAAGAGGUCUUACUUGUCUCCUUAUGCUGAUGCAAGAGGACUUGAGGCCGGUUCACCUGAGUUCGACAAGAGGGCCAUUGCGGUUAUGCACGAGCUGCUUAGCUUCACCAUUGAGAAGAGACUGGUUACUACUGAUCAUCUUACACAUUUUCGAAGAGAGUUUGUUAUGCCUCAGAAGCUUAUGAGACUUCUUUUAAAGCACUUUGGAAUUUUCUAUGUUUCAGAGAGAGGAAAGAGGUUUAGUGUGUUCUUGACUGAGGCUUAUGAAGGUACAGAGUUGAAGGAGAAAUGUCCUUUGGUUCUGUGGAAGGAGAAAGUACAGAGCUUUACUGGUUACAGAGGGAAAAGGAAGAACUUCGAAUGUUUUGAUGAUGAAUCAGACAUGGAAGAAGAAGAAGAAGAAGAAGAUAAUGGCUCGGUUCGGAGCAAUUCUGAAAAUGAGAGCAGUUGUUUGGAAGUUGAGGAAGAAGAAUGUGGUAGUGAUUUAGAGGAGAGUUUAGUAGCUGAUAAUGCUGAAAACGAAAUGGAGAUUGAAGAGGUUUGCAAUGCGUACAAGGACAAGGAGUAUAUAUGAAAGUCUUUACUUUAUUAUAAUACAGUUGAUUUUGUUUUUUUUUUGUUCUGCCAGUGUUCUAGAAAUUUAAUGCAAUAAUAUACAUUACUUUUCCCAGAACAAUGUAACUAGACAGAACAAAAGAUAUAAUAAGGGAAUUAUGACUUUAAACUAAUUUCCUCAGUCACCUAUGUUUAAUAUAAUUCUUAUACAUAUAUAGUUAUAACUUAAA